UAACUUUAUUAGGAUACUUGUACUUCCAUGCCGCACCUAGCCCCGCGGCAUUCCACGAAGAGUCUGUCAAGCGCGUUCAGAACUUGCACACUUCCGAUUGCCUGCGUGCCAACAAGUCGACCAUGGCUUGGGGACUCGAAGCUCGCGUACCCUUUUUGGACAAGGCGUUCCUCGACGUCGCCAUGACCAUCAACCCCGAGGAGAAGAUGUUUGGCAAGGGUGCCCAGCAAGAAUACGAUGAGGAUGGGUGCCCUAAGAUGGAGAAGUAUAUUAUUCGCAAGGCGUUCGAUGUCUCUCCCGACGGCAAGUCUAUCCUCUGGAGACAAAAGGAGCAGUUCUCAGAUGGUGUGGGAUACUCCUGGAUCGACGGCAUCAAAGAGCAUUCCGCCAACUCUGUAUCAGAUGAAGCGAUGGCUGGUGCAAAGGAACGUUGGCCAGUAGAUACGCCCGACACCAAGGAGGCUUAUUUCAUUCGCGAAAUCUUUGAGCGUACGUCAAGUUUAAACACUCCCUCUCUAUUAAGGAAGUACACUGGAAGCUAA